UGUUUCCUUCUACUGUACCUUUGUUAUGUGGUGGCAAAUGUAAAACCAUUUUGUUUUUCAUCCACAGUACUAGUGUCCGAUGUCAUGGCAACUGCCAGCAGCACAGACUUGGUGGAGGACAGCUCUGUCCGUCUGUCCUGCUCCUCCUCUGGAUCCUCUCUCUCUUUCCUCUGGUUCAACGGCAGCUCUGAGGUUACAGCCGGCGACAGAGUUCAGUUCACUGAUGGAGGCUCCACUCUCACUAUUAAUGUGACGCGCUACGACCAGGGACCAUUCAGGUGUAAUGUGUCCAACCCUGUCAGUAGUGCCAGAAGUGGUCCAAUAAACCUCUUCAUCAGCUAUGGCCCUGAUAAUAUUAAUCUGACAAUAUCUCCGUCACAAGAAUACUAUGAGGAAGGAUCAAACAUCAACCUGAACUGUUCAGCUGACUCCACACCUGAUGCCCAAUAUACGUGGCUUCUGAAUGGAAAUCUGCUGUCUGAUACUGGACCAGAGCUCAGACUGAUGAACAUUCAGGAGAGUAAGAGCGGGAACUACAGCUGUCAAGCCUUUAACAACAGAACUCUGAGAUCUAUAAAAUCUCAGCCUGCAGCCAUCUCUGUACUGACGGGUGUUGCCAAUGUCAUGGUGACUUCAAACACAACAGACAUGUUGGAGUACAGUACUGUCCGUCUGUCCUGCUCCUCCUCUGGAUCCUUCCUCUCUUUCCUCUGGCUGAACGGCAGCUCUGAGAUUACAGAAAGUGACAGAGUUCAGCUCACUGAUGGAGGCUCCACUCUCAGUAUAGUCAGUGUGACGCGCUAUGACCAGGGACCAUUCAGGUGUCAAGUGUUUAAUCCUGUAAGCAAUGGCACCAGUGGUCCAGUAAACCUCUCCAUCAACUAUGGCCCAGAAAAUAUUAAUCUGACAAUAUCUCCGUCACAAGAAUACUACGAUGAAGGGUCAAACAUCAGCCUGAUGUGCUCAGCGGUCUCCAGACCUUCUGCCCUGUUUCAGUGGUUUCUGAAUGGAGACCUGCUCUCUGAUACUGGACCAGAGCUCAGACUGAUGAAUAUUCAGAUGAGUCAGAGUGGAAGAUACAGCUGUCUGGCCUUUAACAACAAAACCCUGAAAAAUGAAAUGUCUCAGCCCUCAGUUGUCUCUGUAUUGGAAAGAAUAUCAGGUGCUUCUAUCACAUCGAAAACAAACACGUUGAUUGAAGGGAACUCUUUCAACAUAUCCUGUGAUGCUGCUGGCUCUGUGUUUACCAGAGAGUGGAUGAAGGAUGGCUUAAAUCUGACUCCAGAUGACAACAUGGCAUUUUACGACAACAAGAGAGUGCUGUCUUUUAGCAGUCUGAGUAAAAAAGACACUGGAGAUUAUUUUUGUAACGUCAGCAACCCCCUCAGCCACGAUGAAGCUACAUACACCAUGGUUGUUUUCUAUGGACCAGAAAAUGUUCAAAUCAGUGGUCCAAGUGAGAUAC